AUUAUAAUAAGCAUUUUAAGUUUACCAUUUAAGAUAACUUUUAAUUUAUAGGAAAUCUCGAGUUUGUACAUUUAUUACAAUAAUUUGAGGAACUCUCGUGUAUUCAUAUCAACAGAUCAUGAACGCUAAUGCUGUUUAAUUAUAACAUUUUACUUAUGGAAGAACAUCGAGUUCUCGUAGCUAAUUAUAUCAUGUUUUACUUAUGGAAAAACAACUAUUUUCAAAUGAGUUCUCGUAACAGACGAAUGGGACAAAUCAUCGACGAUGUGUUUAUGGAAUUACAAGACAAUAUAUAUCUGCUUGAUUCAAAAAUGCUUCAGCUCUUAAUAAAUUUAUUAGUGAGAAAUUGGAAAAAAGCUGAGGAUUAUCGAUGCUUAUUUUGCGAACUGGUUUGGAAGAGUGAUUUUGAGGAGCUGGACUUCGGAGUUCGGAGGUAUUGUCUUCUGAACCUUGACUUGGGUUUGAAGCGUUUGGAAGGCACUCUUUACAACACCUUCACAAUGAUCGUUCGCCACUACUUGGAUUAUUUCUAAUUAAAA